AUGAAUCCAUUGUGUUUACAGUUGGAAACAACUACUAGUUCCGAAUCAGAAAAUGUGAAACAGCCAUGCUUGGCAGCACUCGGUUACCACUUUGAUAAUCAAGGUGUUAUGAGAGAUAAGGAUAAGAAAAGAUAUGAAUUCAUUGAUCAAAAAAGUUAUGAAAAGAUCGGUUUAGCCAUCACUGAAGAGAUUUAUCGAAUAAUGGAAAAUCCGCCUUAUAAUAUGGAAAGGCACUAUCUGGACGAUACAAACAAGAAAAGAAGCGCAUUCAUAUUUCUUAGCAAAGAUUGGUAUGAGAAAGAAAAUCUUGUUGUACUUAUACAUGGCAGUGGUUCUGUUCGUGCAGGACAGUGGAGUAGAAAACUUAUAAUGAAUGAAAAUUUAAAUAUGGGCUCACAGUUGCCAUAUUUGCGAAUAUGUAAAAGGCGGGAUUGGGGAGUGGUUGUGAUGAACACUAAUAUGAACAUAACUAACAACGAUCCUAUUGAAUUACUGCCAGAAAGUAGGACCCCCCUAGAACAUGUGGUUGCACAUAGUGCAGGUGGCAGUGUUGUCGCUGGCAUUAUAGAAAAUUACUGGUCAGAGGAAUGGAUGAAGAGACUUAAAUGUGUAUGUCUUACGGAUGCUGUGUUUACGUUACCAUCUGUAAGUGCUAUGGAUUGGUUACCAGCAAUACAAUACUGGCGAGCAACUCUGCAGACUGAAAUUGGGCUUCAAAUAAACAACACUACGAUACAUGGAAAGCAUCCUUAUGUAACUUAUGUUAGUGCGGGAACUAAUCAACAUGAAGAAACUUCGGCCGUAGCAAUUGAAGACAUCUUCCGAUUUAUUGAUAGUUACUUUGUAUGA